UUUAAAUAUCACAGACACGGACGUGUUUAUGCGUAGCGAAACUAACUCGUCUCAUGCAUGGCGAUCUGGCCAAAAUACAACAUGCUGUAUAUUUAGCUAACAAAGAGGGGCUGUUUGGUAGCUGUUUAUGAAGAGCGUGUGGUUGCCCUCAGGCUGGUGUUAGUUGAUCGCGUCGACAUGGCAAUGCAGCGUGGACCCAGGUUGCUGCUGUCCAGUCAGUUUGGGGGCAGGCCUUUUUUGAGCAGAAGCAGAUGUUCCUCAGCCAAACAGCAUCGUCAGGAUGACCCGGUGCCCGAGACCCGAUUCAACCCACUAAAGAUCCAGAUGCUGUCCAGGAACCUGCACGAGCAGAUUUUCCGUGGAAAAGUGGAGAGCCACGGGGUGCGAGAGGUGGAGCGCAGUGUGAAGCACCUGCAGAAUCACCACCUGUGGGCCCGAGAGACUCCGCCUCUGCCCGAUGUGCAGCUGCGCCUGCCCGACAUGUACGGGAGUGACAUUGACCAGCACUUUCGCAACCUGGCCGAGAAGCAGAGCCUCCCUUACCUGGAGGCAGCCAGCCUGCUGCUGCAGGCCCCUCUGCCCACCUUACCUGAGCACUGGGCCUGGGAGACGGGCUGGACCCGCUAUGGCCCAGAUGGAGCACCCAGCAGGGUGGAAUUCCCUGAUGAGCUGGCUCUGGUGUUUGAUGUGGAGGUGUGCAUGUCACAGGGACACUGCCCCACACUGGCUGUGGCAGUUUCUCCAACUGCCUGGUACUCUUGGUGCAGUAGAAGGCUGAUUGAAGACAGGUACACCUGGUCUAGUCAGCUGACCCUGGGUGACCUCAUUCCUCUGGAGACUCCGCCCAACACCAGUCGCCCCCCUGCAGGGCAGUGGAAGGAAAGGCUGGUGGUGGGACACAAUGUCAGUUUUGAUCGUGCUCAUGUCAAAGAGCAGUACCUGCUGAAGGGUUCCAAAAUGCGCUUCUUGGACACGAUGAGUCUACACAUGGCCAUCUCUGGUCUGACUGGCUUCCAGCGCUCCCUCUGGUUGGCCAGAAAGUACGGAAAGAGGCGUGGUCUACAGGAGGUGAAAGAGCACUUGAAGAAAGCUGGCCGGAGCAAGCAGGGUCCAGCGAUUGGCGGUUGGGACUGGGUGGAGCUCAGCAGUGUGAAUAACCUCGCGGACGUGCACGCUCUGUACGUGGGUGGAGCCCCGCUGGAGAAGGAGGCCCGGGAGAUCUUUGUCAAAGGCAGCAUGGCGGACGUGAGAGACAGUUUCCAGGAGCUGAUGAGGUACUGUGCCCUUGAUGUCCAGUCCACACACCAAGUGUUCACAGAACAGCUACCCCUCUUUAUGGAGAGGUGUCCCCACCCGGUCACAUUCGCAGGGAUGCUGGAAAUGGGCGUGUCCUACCUACCCGUCAAUCAAAACUGGGAGCGGUAUUUGGAGGAAGCCCAGGGCACGUUUGAGGAGCUGCAGAGGGAGAUGAAGAAGUCUCUGAUGAACCUGGCGGAUGACGCCUGCCACCUGAUCGAGGAGCAGCGAUUUAAAGAGGACCCUUGGCUAUGGGAUCUGGAGUGGGAUGUGCAGGAGUUUAAGCAGAAAAAGUCACCGGUCAGGAAGAAGAAGCAGCCAGUUACACCUGAGACCCCUGCAGACAGCAGCACUAUGGCUGACUGGGACCAAGACCCAGGCCCACCCAUGGAUGAGGAAGGAACAGCGCCCCCAGCUGGCAGAGCAUCACUGGAGCGAUUGAAGGAGACCGUUAGCCGCUUACCCAAGAAGAGCCAGCACCUUCCCGGGCAUCCAGCGUGGUACCGUAAGCUGUGUCUGAAGAUGUCGGAGGAGGCGUGGUCCCCCGGGCCCGGGCUGAUCAGCUUGCAGAUGAGGGUCACUCCCAAACUGAUGGGGCUGCGCUGGGACGGCUUCCCCCUGCACUACGUGGAGCGGCACGGCUGGGGGUACCUGGUCCCCGGUCGCAGGGACAACCUGCAGGAGGAGGACCUUGGCGAGGGGGCCGCGUGUCCUCACAGGGCCAUUGAGGGCGUGUACAGGCAGAGCUGUGAGAGUCGGGAGUCGUGGCAACACGAUGACAGGCCGCUCUCGGAUGACUACAUGUUGACGGACAGCAGCGUGUGGCAGACGGUGGAGGUGCUGAGUCACCUGGACAGUGUCAAUGAGGAAGACACUGUGGCUAAGAAACACAGGGGGACAGAGGAGCGAGGGCAUCCAAAACUCCAGGGGGAGAGCCAGUGUCCCUAUCACCAUGGUAACGGACCACACAAUGAUGUCAAUAUCCCAGGCUGCUGGUUUUUUAAACUACCUCAUAAGGACGGGAAUGAUAACAACGUGGGAAGCCCGUUCGCUAAGGACUUCUUGUCCAAGAUGGAGGACGGCACUUUGCAGGCGGGGCGCGGGGGCACCAGCGCUACCCGAGCUCUGGAGAUCAACAAGAUGAUCUCGUUCUGGAGGAACGCGCACAAACGCAUCAGCUCACAGAAGGUGGUUUGGCUGAGGAAGGGGGAGCUGCCGCGGACCGUCAGCAGACACGCCGACUAUGACGAGGAGGGGCAGUACGGGGCCAUCCUGCCCCAGGUGGUCACCGCGGGAACGGUCACACGCAGAGCUGUGGAGCCCACCUGGCUGACUGCCAGCAAUGCCCGGGGCGAUCGGGUCGGCAGCGAGCUGAAGGCGAUGGUGCAGGUGCCUCCCGGGUACCACCUGGUCGGGGCAGACGUGGACUCUCAGGAGCUGUGGAUCGCUGCGCUCCUGGGAGAGGCGCACUUCGCUGGUCUCCACGGCUGCACAGCGUUUGGCUGGAUGACCCUGCAGGGGAAGAAGAGCGACGGCACGGACCUGCACAGCCGCACGGCGGAGGCGGCGGGGAUCAGCCGCGAGCAGGCCAAGGUCUUCAACUACGGCCGCAUCUACGGCGCCGGCCAGCCCUUCGCCGAGCGCCUGCUCAUGCAGUUCAACCACCGGCUCAGCCAGACGGACGCCGCCGCCAAAGCCCGGCACAUGUACGCCAUCACCAAGGGCAUCCGCAGGUACCAGCUGUCGGAGGACGGGGAGUGGCUGGUGAGAGAGCUGGGGCUGGAGGUGGAGCAGGAGGAGGACGGCAGCAUUUCUCUGCAGGAGCUGCGCAGGAUCAAUAACCUGGCUGCCCAGAGGUCGAGGCGCGGGCGUUGGGAUAUUGCAGGGAAGCGGGUGUGGGCGGGCGGGACGGAGUCGGCCAUGUUUAAUAAGCUGGAGAGCAUCGCGCAGUCCGCAGAGCCCAGCACCCCGGUCCUGGGCUGCCGCAUCAGCCGCGCCCUGGAGCCGCGCACCGUCAACAACGAGUUCAUCACCAGCCGGGUGAACUGGGUGGUACAGAGCUCAGCAGUGGACUACCUGCACCUGAUGCUGGUGUCCAUGCGCUGGCUGUUUGAGGAGUACGACAUUGACGGGCGCUUCUGCAUCAGCAUCCACGAUGAGGUGCGCUACCUUGUCAGAACAGAGGACCGCUACCGCGCCGCCCUGGCUCUGCAGAUCACCAACCUGCUCACGCGGUGCAUGUUCUCCUAUAAGCUGGGAAUGCUGGACCUUCCCCAGUCGGUGGCCUUCUUCAGCGCAGUGGAUAUCGAUCAGUGUCUGCGCAAGGAGGUCCACAUGGACUGCAGGACCCCGUCCAACCCCACGGGCCUCCAGCGCAGAUAUGGGCUGCUGCAGGGUGAGGCUCUGGACAUUUAUCAGAUCAUUAAGAUCACUCAGGGUUCUCUGGCCAGAGGGACACAAAAAAACUAACCGAUUUACGAAAAAAAACGGUAGCCAAUCAGAGUUCCGAUGUGCAAGGCCUAGUAACGAAGCAGCCAACCAACGUCCACUGUGAGAGGCGGAAUGAUGGAGCAGCCAAUCAGCGUAGGCCGAGCAGGGCUGGACAGCACUCACUGCUUCCUUCUCUUUUUCUGAGGCCUCUGGCUCUCUUCAGACUCCUGAGAGACUGCAGUCUGAAACAAACGUGCUCGACUCAAUGCGUGGGACUGGCAUAAAUGCAGAAAUCAGACAUACGCAGCCUAUUCAUCGAAAUGCCUGGAGCCACAUUGCGUACAGCCUGUCAAUAUACUGUAAAUAUAAUAAAAGAAUUAACAGAGUGGUGUGUUAAAA